AUGCUUCCUCGAUCCCUCUUUUCUGCUUCUUCAUUGAAGUAUGGUCAAUCCUCAGAGGGCCACUCAGAUACAGAAUCACAUAGCAGCAACAUGCCAUAUGCAAGGAGACCCACCACCCAUGACGAUCCACCCCAAAUACGGCGUCCAGGUGCUUCAGCAAAGUCACCAAUGACCAUCGAUUCCGAGAAUGAACAAUAUAUCAGCGGCGAUUCGGUGAGCCUUGUUGGUAGCAGUGACGACGACGACGACGGCAACUCCAUACCGAGCAACUUACAAGGGCUGAUGCAUCAUCUAUCUCGUUUACAAGCCAAGCAAACAUUGUACAUUGAGAAGACGCAAGAAAUCAGUCGACAAAUGCAAGAUACCAGUGCCAAAAUUGCUGAAUUAACUGGCAUGUCACUACACCAACGACCAAGUAGCAGUAGCAGCAGUAGUAGAAGGACUGACGCACGACCUUUGAAGCAUAAAAAGGCGGUCUCACAGCAACAACAACAACAACCUCGAGCGUUACCAACACCCUCCGCAGCACCAUCAUCAUCAUCAUCAUCAUCAACAACAGCCACAAUGAAUCAAUCAUCACCCUGGAAACGGCCGCAAUUAGCCAAACGCACUGGUGGAUCACAACCAUUACCCGCUCCAAAAGCACCUCGCAAUGAUUAUUAUCAGCAGGAACGACAAGUACAACAUCGUCGAUCAUCAAGGGAUAUGAUUCAACCGAAAACGAGUACCGUUCCUUCAGCCCGUCAUGGACGUAUCAUCAAAAGUGAAUCACUGUCACCUUCUCCAGAGUCCACAUCCCCAUCUGCUGCCGAAGAACAAAGUGGCAUCAAGCUUCGUUCUCGUGACACUUGCGAUCUCUACUUACACAGGAACCAGGAUGUGAAUUCGGGCGUAUUCGGCAAAAAACCUCGCAGCCUUAUAUACAACAUUGCUGAUGGACAAGGAGAAUUGAAAGAUUUGAUGGUUACUACGACCUUGAAAGGAGACAUGCAAUUAUGGAACGCAUCCACACGAAAGUUGAUCAAAACCAUUGGUCAAGAGUCUAUUUAUCCUGAUAGUUGGAUCGAAGAAAUAUGCUGGGCAACCAAGAACACGCUCGCACUCUGCAAUGUUCGAGCAAGCACGCCUUCAGAAAAGGAAAACGCCACUGUAUCCUUACUUCACGUGGAUUCCGUUUCAAAUACUGAUGUCAAAUAUCGAUUACAACAUUUGGAAGAGUCACCUCAUACAAAACCUAUUGUGACGAUUGCACCUGUGGAUCUUGGAGCAACUGGUUCAGCUGGAGUAGAACGAGCCACCUUUGUCACGGGAGGUAGCGAUAAGGCUGUUUAUUUUUGGGAUAUCAUACGCGAUUCACCGGAUGAAGACUUUGCACUUUCGGAUGUCUCGAAGUUGAACAUCAACCAUACCAAUUAUAUUCAGACCUUUUGCUAUGAUCAAACGCAUCGAAAGUUAUUCACGGGUGGUGCCGAUUGUAAGAUGUUUACCUAUGACAUGAUCUCGCAAAGGGUGUCCACUGAAAUGAAAAUUUCAUGUCGGAUCAAUCACAUCUUGGGUAAUGCGGCGGAUCCCAAUCUAUACAUGUUGCUGACGGCCAACACAAGCAACCAAUUUAACAUGUACGAUCAACGCAUGCCGGGCAUGAGAGGGAUCGUCUUGGAUUUCGGAUACAAGGUUCCAGAGAACUUAUCACGAUACAUUCGCCCCGAUUGGCACCAAAAUGGAUACAUGGUCGCAUGUGGAAGCCAAACAGAAUCCAAAGUGCAUUUCUGGGAUAUUCGUUAUAGUGGAGUGGAUCGUGGACCAUGCUUUAGUUUCAAUAUUCCUAACACUUCUCAAUCAAGGAUCUUGGCAUCUCUCUUUAUUCCCAACCAAAACACACUCGUCACAACCUCAUCCACAAGAAAUUUAGGCUGGAUAGAUUACUCAAUUCAACAUGACUCCCGAAUUCAUACACUCUAA